AUGAUGAAGGAACUACCCCCCGAGCUGGUCGAGCAGGCCGUCUGGCAUCUGCAGGCCGGCGACCAGAUAGAAACUAGCUUCCGCACCUUGAUGCGGGCCUAUCGCGAGCUGGUGUUGAAUAGCUUUCGCAACCGCGGGCUGAGCUCCUGGGACGCCGAAGAUCUGGCCCAGGAGUGUUUUCUCGCCGCGGCGGUGAGCAUCGAUCGUUUCCACUGGCAAGCACCCUUCCGGUCCUGGCUGCUAGGUAUCGCCACCAACCUAUAUCGCGCCUGGGUACGGCAGAAGGUGGCACAAAGGCGCUGGGGCUCGUCGGUGCCCCUGACCGCCCUGGCCACUUCUCAGCCCUCGCCUCACUCGAUCGACCCCGAACCGCUGGGCGCGGCAAUACGCCGCCAGCGCCACCGGCAGCUGGUCCGGGCGAUCAGCUCGUUGCCGGCGCAAAUGAGCCGUUGCACGCGGCUGUAUUACCUCGACCAGCACAACACCCGACAAAUCGCCGAGCGUCUGGGCCUGAAAACCGCCACUGUAAGGGUACAGCUCCACCGGGCCCGGCACUUGCUGGCUGAACGCCUGCGGGUUGGGAAUGUGUUGGUUGAAGAAGACAACCAAAGUCUCGGUCGGCCGAGAAGCGCUCGGUGA